AUGGAAUAUCUAGGGCACAUCUUUACUGGUGAGGGUGUUGCUGCUGAUCCUGAGAAGGUUUCUUGCAUGGUUAAGUGGCCAGUACCGGCCACCUUAAAGGACCUCAGGGGAUUCUUAGGCUUGACUAGUUACUAUAGGAAGUUUGUUAAGGAUUAUGGCCUCAUCUGUAAGCCCUUAACUGAGCUACUUAAGAAGAAUAAAUUCCAGUGGAGUGAAGCAGCACAAGCAGAUUUCCAACAAUUGAAAGAAGCAGUAACCAAAACUCUUGUAUUGGCCUUACCAGAUUUCACCAAGCUUUUUAAGUGGCAACUGAUGCUUGUGAUGUGGGAGUAG